AUGCACUUGUUUGACUUGAAUUUGGAAAGCCACGAUGCUGAAAGCAGCUUCAUGGAGUAUGCACAUCCCGUGGGAGAGAGAGAGUUAGCUGUUGCUGCUGUUGCUGUUGCUACAGGGGAUCCUUUUAUUGAAAUUUCUGCUGAAGAGCUUGAAGCGCUUGAAUUUUCUGCUAUGGUUGACGAGGAUGAUGCUGACUUUGAAGAUAACGAGGUAUGGUACUUAAGCGAACCUGAAAGUGAAAGUGAUAGUGAAGAAAAUGAUAUUCAUGAUAAUCAACAAACUGAAACAGAAACUAAUUUGCAUGAUAAUCAACAAAAUGAAACUGGUUUGCAUGUUAAUCCCAUCUUAACUAAAAAAAGACAUGAACAAGAUAACAAAGGACGAACUCAUCUGGCACAAAGGUUGUUGGUAUUAUCGAGAGACUGGGUGAGAUUACCAACAGGAGUAAGCCAACAAUUACAAGAUGAAUUCGACAUAAGCAGGUCUACAGUUAGUAGGAUGUGGAAAAAUGUUAGAGAACAAGGAAAGCUAGGUCCAGAUCUGAUUGAUGUGAAGAAUAAAAAAACAGGGAAGGUGGGGAGAAAACCAAGAGACUUUGACACUGAAAUCAUGCUGCAAAUAAGUCAAAAAGCAAGAACCACCAUACAAAGUUUUGCAUCAGCACUAGAAUGCAGCCCUUCGAUGGUGUAUAAAUUGUUAAAAAAAGGGAUUAUCAGAUCACAUACGAACUCUAUCAAGCCAACAGUUUCUGCAGCACACAAAAUCACUAGAUUGAAAUGGAUUUUGGGUCUCACCCUUCCAAGAACAGUCACACAACAAUCAACAUUCAUGUCACUUAGCAAUUUUGUGCAUAUUGAUGAAAAUUGGUUCUUUAUGAGCAAAAACACGCAACGAUAUUAUCUACUGGCAGGCGAAGAAGAACCUUACCGACAUAUUCAAAGCAAGAACUACACAGAAAAGGUGAUGUUCUUAUCGGGAGUGGCAAGACCAAUAAUAGCUAGUGGUGGAGAGGUUAUAUGGGAUGGGAAAAUAGGGAUUUGGGCAUUCACAGAUGAAGUUGCAGCCAUCAGAACAAGUAAAAAUAGAGAAAGGGGCACCAUCGAGACCAAAGCAACACCAUCAAUAACCAAGAAUGUCAUUAGAAGGAAAAUGCUCGAUGAAUUGCUACCAACAAUCAGGGCUAAAUGGCCGGCUAAUGCAUGUAAAACUAUUUGGAUACAACAAGAUAAUGCAAGGCCACAUAUUUUUCCUAACGAUCCUGAAUUUCUAGAGGAAGCAAAUAAAUAUGGGUUUGACAUUCACUUAAUCUGCCAGCCAGCACAAUCUCCUGAUCUGAAUGUUUUGGACUUGGGAUUCUUUAGGGGCAUACAGUCACUACAACACCAAAAGUUCCCAAAAAAUGUCACGGAGUUGGUUCAAUCAGUGCACGAUGCUUACAUGGAGUAUGACCCUAAGAGUCUAAACCACACAUGGCUACAACUACAAUACGUGAUGGUUGAAAUACUAAAACAGAAGGGAGGGAACAACUACAAGAGUCCACAUCAAGGCAAGAAAAGACUAGAAAGACUUGGUUUGUUGCCUACCGAUACUCAAAUCCAACAACAUAUCAUAGAUGAUGCCGUUGACUUUUUAAAUGAGGGUUUUGUGGUAGCACCAGGGGCAUAUGACUAUGACAUUGAUAUGGAAGAUGCAAAUUAA